UGGUGUUCGUGUGGAAAACCGGGGUGGGGUGGGGGCAGGACACGAACCGUCUCACCAAUGAAGCCGGUUCCCCGCCAGCGUCCUCGCCCCCUCCCUGCCGGCGCCUUCCCCGCCCCUCCCCCUCCAAGUCGCAGCCGUCCAGUUCCCCGCCCCGCACUCGCCCCCGCGCCCCCCCCCCCACCCGGAGCCGCUCCCGGCCGGCCCCUGACCCGGGGCUCACGGGCGGCGCGCCUCCAGGAGACGGGGGCUCCCACAGACCUGGGGUGGGGGGCAGAGACUCAGUGAGCGGCGGGCCGAGCCCGGGAGGCUGGGACCGAGGGUGGGGGGGGAGGGAGGCCCGGAGGGAAGGAGGGAGGGAAGGAGGAGGGCGGGCGAGCUGGAGCCGGCAGGCAGCGGGAGCCCGGGCGAGCGGCGUCGGGAGUGCGGUCUCCAUGGCAGUGCCGGGCGCAGCCAGAGUUUGUCCGGGUGGCUGAGCCUCACCCCCCACACACACCCCUUGGGGCACCCAGAAGAUCCCUGACUGGUCAAGAACCAGAGGAAGAAGAGACCCGGAAGUCCUGGCAUGGGGACCAGAGCUCCUCAGCCAACCUCAUAGAUGGGAAAGCAGUCUGCUUGCCUCCCCCAUCAACCACAGGGAUACUUCAGGAAGGUUCCCACCCAAUAUGGAGGCUGAGGACCACCUCUGCUGACCCUCAGUCUCCUCCCCUGCCCUCCACACCGCACCUUAGCUGGGUCAGUCAUGCAAUGCUGAGCAGUAGGGUAGGCCGCUGGGCGGCCUGCUCCCCCACAGGGCAGAGAUUGGGCGCAUCAUGGGUGUGUGUGUGAGUGGGGCUCCUGGGUGAGACCUAGCCCCCACCCCCAGGAGUUCAAGGGGGGUGGGGGGGGCCGAGGAUAUAGGAUGGCUCGGGGAGGGGCAGGGGCAGAGGAGGCCUCCCUGCGCUCAAACGCAUUGUCUUGGCUGGCCUGUGGCCUCCUGGCCCUGCUGGCCAAUGCCUGGAUCAUCCUCAGCAUCUCGGCCAAGCAGCAGAAGCACAAGCCGCUGGAGUUACUGCUCUGCUUCCUGGCGGGCACGCACAUACUCAUGGCGGCCGUGCCCCUCACCACCUUCGCCGUGGUGCAGCUCCGGCGCCAGGCCUCUUCCGACUAUGACUGGAACGAGAGCAUCUGCAAGGUGUUUGUGUCCACCUACUACACACUGGCCCUGGCCACCUGCUUCACAGUCGCCUCCCUCUCCUACCAUCGCAUGUGGAUGGUGCGUUGGCCUGUCAACUACCGUCUCAGCAACGCCAAGAAGCAGGCACUGCACGCCGUCAUGGGCAUCUGGAUGGUCAGCUUCAUCCUCUCUACGCUGCCCUCCAUUGGCUGGCACAACAAUGGCGAGCGCUACUACGCCCGCGGCUGCCAGUUCAUAGUCUCCAAGAUUGGCCUGGGCUUUGGUGUCUGCUUCAGCCUCUUGCUACUUGGGGGCAUUGUCAUGGGGCUGGUCUGUGUGGCCAUCACCUUCUACCAGACGUUGUGGGCCCGGCCCCGGAGGGCUCGGCUGGCUUGGCGAGCGGGGGUGGGGGGCGGGGCCAAGGGGGGUGGGCCAGGGGGGUUGGGUACCCGGCCAGCCUUUGAGGUGCCAGCCAUUGUGGUGGAGGAUGCCAGAGGGAAGCGGCGGUCCUCGCUGGAUGGCUCCGAGUCGGCCAAGACAUCCCUGCAGGUCACCAACUUGGUCAGCGCCAUCGUCUUUCUCUAUGACUCACUCACAGGGGUGCCCAUCUUGGUGGUGAGCUUCUUCUCCCUUAAGUCGGACUCGGCCCCGCCGUGGAUGGUGCUGGCUGUGCUGUGGUGCUCCAUGGCACAGACGCUGCUGCUGCCCUCCUUCAUCUGGUCCUGCGAGCGCUACCGGGCCGACGUGCGCACGGUGUGGGAGCAGUGCGUGGCCAUCAUGUCCGAGGAGGAAGGCGAUGACGAUGGGGGCUGUGAUGACUAUGCAGAUGGCCGAGUGUGCAAAGUGCGCUUUGAUGCCAAUGGUACCACAGGACCAGGGGGCAGGGACCCCUCCCAGGUUAAGCUGCUGCCUGGAAGGCACAUGCUCUUUCCCCCUCUUGAGAGGGUCCACUACUUACAGGUCCCUCUGUCCCGCCGUCUGUCCCACGAUGAGACCAACAUCUUCUCUACUCCUCGGGCACCAGGCUCCAUCCUGCAUAAGUGGUCAUCCUCUGAUGACAUCCGGGUCCUCCCGGCCCAGAGCCGAGCCCUGGGGGGCCCUCCUGAGUACCUGGGACGAAGACAAAGGCUGGAGGAUGAGGAGGAUGAGGAGGAAGCUGAAGGUGGGGGGCUGGCCAGCCUUCGCCAGUUCUUGGAGGGUGGGAUGUUGGGGUCAGGUGGGGGACCCCCACGGGGUCCUGGCUUCUUCCGGGAAGAGAUCACCACCUUCAUUGAUGAGACACCUCUGCCUUCUCCGACUGCUUCGCCAGGGCCCUCUCCUCGCCGGCCCAGGCCCCUGGGCCUCUCACCCCGCAGGCUCUCCCUUGGGUCCCCUGACAGCAGAGCCGUUGGACUUCCUUUGGGGCUAAGUGCAGGGAGACGCUGCUCCCUGACAGGAGGUGAGGGGAGUGCAAGACCUUGGGGAGGAUCCUGGGGCCCAGGUAACCCCAUUUUCCCCCAGCUGACCCUGUGAGCCCAAGUGGGCUGGCGGGACUCAGGGGAGGGGCCCUGAGUAACACCAGUUCUGGCCCUGAGCCUAGGGCAGCUGCCUCCAGACUCCGUGGAGGUGGGCACUGGAUCUGGGGCCUGGAGCCCCCUGCUGUCUCCCAUCUCAAUGACCAGAUGCCCUACUCACCUUCCAUCACCCUUAGCAAAACAUAUUAAAGCCUGAAGUGUUACCAUGGAAACCACGGUGUCCUGUGUGCUCGGGUGGCAGAGGGUAUGGUGGGAGGCUCGGGGGUGGAAAGGCUCAUAGAGGACAAAAUAGAGCGGGGGCAGUGAGCAGAGGCCCAGAAAUACACGUGGAAAAAGACAAACUCAAACAUGAAGACAUACAGAGGGACAGGCUUGUAAGAGCAUCUUGUGGCAACCCUGUCGGGACCCCUCUCAUUCCUGAGAGCUUUUACUGUAUCCUUGAUUAAUAAACUUCUGUCGCU